GUGGCGCGCAGUCGGGGAUCCCCGCGGGGCCGGCUGGAGGGAGGAGGAGGGGGCGGCGGCGGCGGCGGCGAUGGGGCCGGCGGGGGUGCAGCUGCUGUCGGCCGCCUGCUUGGCGUUCACCCUGGGCAUGUUCGGGACGGGCCUGUCUGACCUGCGACAGAUAUUUGCGACCCAAAGUGUGGAGAACAUCCAGUUCUUGCCGUUCCUCACCACAGACGUCAACAACCUCAGCUGGCUGAGCUACGGCUUCCUGAAGGGGGACUGGACACUGAUCAUCGUCAAUGCCGUCGGCGCGACACUUCAGACUCUAUACAUCCUUGUCUACUUCUGUUUCAGUCCGGAGAAGCCUGCUGUACUAUUAAAAACCGCCGGCCUGUUGACUGUGCUUCUGGUCGGCUACUGCUAUUUCAACCUGCUCAUCCCAGAUGUCCCUACCCGCCUCGCCCGCCUGGGUCUCUUUUGCAGCCUCUUCACCAUCACCAUGUACCUCUCCCCGUUGGCUGACCUGGCCAAGAUCAUCAGGACCCGAUCCACCGAGUGCAUCUCUUUCCCGCUGACCGUCACGACAUUCCUGGCCUCGACCAGCUGGACACUCUAUGGGCUCCUGCUUCAGGAUCUGUACAUUGCCAUCCCCAACGUACCGGGCAUCGUCACCAGCGUCAUUCGGUUCUGGCUUUUUUGGCAUUUCCCUCCGGACCCCAACAGAACUUACAAGCUGCUUCACGCCUGAGGAACACGGGUUGCUCUCGGGUGCCGCCUCAGUUAGCCAAGGAACGGGAGGAAGACCUGAAUUCUUCGGAAGGUCUCCCGGCUCUCUGGGUAUUCCACCGCCGCUUCCAGCCUGGACCCACGAGACGCCUGUUCGCUCUCAGUGCCUUAUCAAUUACGCUACCUCGGUUCCCGCGGCGGCUCUAAAAACGCAAGGCCCCAAAUUGUACCCGAGAGGACCUGUGUUGAUGGGCCGGGUGCGGUGCAGUAGCUGAUAAGAGAACUGCGAAGGCAUGCAGGGGACCGUGGAAAAUUGGAUCCCCUUCCCAUCCACCUCAGAGAUGCGGUGGCUCAGAGAAUGCCGUCUCUUGCCUCGGUGCCGUCUCUUGCCUCCCCUUUAUGGCCUGCAUUUCCACCACCAAAGCAGCAAAACCAGUUGCUGCAGGAACUGUCUGGCAACUUUACUCCUGUUUUCUGUUUCCCUCCUUUCCUCCUGUCUGUCCCUUUUCUUCCCUCAGUCUCCAGGUCUCAGGCUGACAGCCGAGGUUUCUCUGAAAUGAAGGACCUAAUGAUUGCCCAGGGACCACUGUGGUUUGGGUUUUUUUUUUGUUUUUCGACAAAGUGCCUUGGAGUAAAUAGAACCGCUUUUUGGUUCCAA